AUAUAACGCGCUUCGUCCCGUGGAACCAUCACCGAGGUCUCACAUUCCUUCCACCGGGCUCUUCCCGUACAAGAUACAUUACUCUUCCUUCGAGCCUCCUUGGAAGUCAUCCCUAACCUCUUCCGCAGGUCUUCAAGCCUCGAAAUACAAGCUUUCUGUCUCCCAGCGAACCAGUUUUACCUUGGUUUACGCGACGCAAAAAGCAAGCCAACCACACACGCACUCAAGUCUCAAGAUGCCUGAGGAAGUCAUCACCAGUAGCGGAAACUACACCUUUACCGGUAGUGGUACGUCCAGCUCUUCUGGCUACACCAACUCAUCCUCCUCUGGCUCAUCCGGCUGUGGCUCAGGCGGCAGUGAUGGCUGGAGACCCCGCAGCUACGUCCCUCUACCCAUCUCCGAUGGUAGCGCUGCUGGCGGCGGUAGCGGCGGCGGCAGAUGCAUCGACGUGGCCAAAAGAAGGAGAUAGACGAAUGGAGUGAUGGGAUACACAAAAACGGGACAGGUGGCAGGAGACUGAAUGAGAUAAAGAUGAUCUGACUUAUGGCGUUGGAGCAUGACUUUUCUUUCUUUCUUUAGCAACACAACAUACCCGGCGGCAUGCGGUCAGGCGAAGAAGCCUCUUCACUUCAUUGGUUAGCUCUCUUUUGUCACCCAUUUUCCCUUCAAGCCAGCUCUGUACCAACCCUUCUUGGCGAUGACAGACAUCAAAAGUCAGGGACUCAGGUUCAGUAACUGCCGUAGAGGCUUUGUUUAGUUACGCAUCAGUGAUGACUCUUGAUGAAUGAAGCGUCUUUAAGAACCGCGCAAAGCUCCUCAUUCAGUAGCUCCUCUUGAA